UAAAUAUAGAGAUCAAUGUACGUGCUGCACACAGCGUCUCGCGUUAACCUCUGCAUUGCCACUCACCAAUUGGAGACUAGGACAAGCAAAACCACUCCCUUCUCCAAGCCUCGAGAGCUGCAGAGUGGACUUUACACCUGUCUCCGUCGUAGAGAGCAGAACCUACACCCACAGAGCGCAGCCAUGCCACUGUUUACCCGCGCCCUCGGCCUUCUGCGCCAGGCAAGAUCCCCCCAAGUUAUGAACAAGGCUUGGUCAUCCAAGAAAGCCCAGACUCAUGAAAUCUCCGCCGGGGAGCAAGCGAUCGGCCUUGGCGUGCUCUUCUCGGUCUUCCUGAUUCCCUCCGGCUGGAUCCUGUCCCACUUGGAAGACUACAAGAAAAGACCAGAAUAAAGGAAGCGACCUGUCCUAUGGGGAUCAGUCUGUGGCGCUGGAUGACGGUGGAAUGUUGACCGCUUGGGGCUGAAUAAACUGCAUUGUCCAUAUCUGCUCCAGGGGUGUCCUGUCCCUCUUGUGUAUUUUGUACUUAAUAAAGUUAUUCUAAAUCUA